CGCCCGACGGCCCUUCCGCCGGCGCCGCCCGCCUCGGCUGGCUACUCCGGCCGGGGGUGGCCCGGAGCAGGCGGCGGGGCUGGCAGCGGUCCGGGCGGAAAGCGGAGCAGGCCCCCGGUCCCCGGCGGGCACAGUGUAAAACUGAGUGACUGGAACACAUGAACUGCUGGCAGCAGCCAUGGCCAUCACAAAGCCCCAGCUCACCUGAGCACUUCCCCAGGGAUGCUGGUGCAGGGUCUGCUGCUGUGACAUCAGCACAACUGCAUGGGCUCGGAACCGUGAGGUCACAGAUGACAGCGUCCUGCUGUCCUCAGGGGGAAGGUCUCUGCAUCUGGGUGCCACUUGGCAGAAGCGUUAGGUAUGUGUUAAACUUGAAUGUUGUCAGAAACAGCUGUAGCAUUUUUUGCGUUAUGGAAAAAUGUCUGCAAACACACAAGUGGAUUUCCAAGUUAUUAAGGAGUGGGCUGAACACAAAGCCCUUGGGAAUGCAGGCUAAUGAGGAGAUGGGUGUUCAUUUGGGCACAUGUUUAUACAGAGUAAGGGGAGUGAAAUUUGUUUUCAUUCAUUUAGACCAAUGCUUUAUCCUAGAGUUACUGUUUCAUAAUUGCACUUCAUGAGCUUCUGCUUAUAUGAUAUGACAUCCUUAAAAGCAGAUAGGUGCUCUUUGUUAGUUGAAAUAUUUUAUUUUCUUUACACUUAAUUACCAGGGAAUUUGAGCCAAUUACCUGUAAAGUACUCCCCAAAUGCCAGAGGAAUGAAAGGUGUUCAAUAAAUACAAGCUGGCAUGAACAAACUACCAAAGAAGGCUUCAUUGUUCAGACAUUACUAACAGCUUAAUUCAUUAUUACCUAAUGGAGAGUGUGAUGGCACAGGAUUCAUGUACAACAGUGCUUUUCACUGAAACCUGCUAGUAGCAAUGUUGAGCAGCACAGAAAAGACAAAGCUAAUAGCAGUCUGUAAGUUGACACAUCCAAAUGCUUAGCAUGGCUACUUUCAGUUACAUAAUUUUUUUAAUUUGUUAUACUUGCCCAAGUUUGUGAAUCAACUACUAUAAAACUUGUUUAGUUUUCUCCUUUUUUUUUUUCAUUUUGUUGAGUGACAUAGUGCUGUUUAAUAAGCAGACAGGAAAGAGAACUCCCUGGAAAAAAAGUGGAAGUGAAGAUAACAAACAUUUCCUGAGUCCACCACAUGAGGUUUCUGUGCAAGCUAUGCAGCAAGCCACCAGCUUUCUGAGGUCUGUAAAGAAGCAGUGACUGCGAGAGACACAGCAAGACUGCUUACCCCUUCAUGGUGUUUUAUAAAAAGCACCCCUGGCCAACUCAGCUGCACACUGCUUUGGGUACUUUCAGAUGUGACAUAUUCCCUUGGUUUCUGUAAUUGUUUGGAAGACAGAGAAUACUCAUUCCGGAGUCUAAAACUCAACCUGAAAAGAAAGCAAGGAUAUCGCUUUGGUAGUAGGAUGUAAAAGGAGUUGUAUCUACUGUAUGUCUCACCCACUUUGUAUCUUCUGCUUGUUAUUUUCUGAAAGGAGGUGAAGGUCAGUGUGUUAAUACUGUAUCAGAAUGGUCCUCAGCACAAACAUUCUUCUUUCAUCCAAGACAUUCUCCAUUCCAAACACAAAGUUUAAUCCUCAUGGAGUAGGUUUACAGGGUUUCAGGAAAUUAAAACUGAGAGAGACAGCAACACUCUCAAAUCUGCAGGUUCAGAGGACUUUUUUUUGCCCCCUUUGCCACCAGCCAGUAGGACAUGUUUUAGUUUGAACUAGCUGGGGAGGGAAAAGCACACUUCAUGAACGGUUUAUAUGAGAAUUGCUAUGCCCAAAGUAACUCAAAAUGUGUUUCUUACCCAUAAAAAUAGACAGGGGCCAUAAUCUACUUCCACUAUAGAUAAUGGGAAAUGGUAUUUCAUUCAAAAUCUACCUACGUUUCUAUGGAACAUUGUUGUCUUGAGAGAAAAGCAAUGAGACAAGAAUGUGCCCUACUUUUCAGGAUCUGGAGAGGAGCUCACUGGAGGAAUAGCAGAACAUUAUCAGUGAGUUAAAUCAGCUCAUAUCAAAGGAGGAAAAGAGCAUUGAUAUCAAUAUGUGUUUUCCUGCUGUCUGCCAUCAGUUUUGCAUCGGACUUUAUAAUCUUAACUGAGUUUACUCAGAGCAGGAUAACACAACACAUUAGCAGAAUGUCUCAGCAGUGCAAAAUUAUGACCGUUAAGCAGAAGGCAUUUGCAAAAAAAAACAAACCAACCAACCAAAAGAAAAUUUUAGAUAUCUAAGAAUAAGAGAAGCUUUGAGAUAACUACUGCUCUAGUAAGCUGCCUCAAAGAAAAAAGUAAAUAAAGGGUGGAGACAUAUAUCUCUGCAGCAAUCAAUGCUUUGUGCUGCCUUACAGCUAUCUGGAAUUUAUGCCCUUUUGCAUAACUUUGAGCUGAAACACAGCCUUUGACUUCUCAGUUGUGGACCAUAGAAACAAAUGGGGCGACAUGCUUUGCUCAUAUGUUGGCAGUGAUGGCAUUAAGAGUACAGUAAGGGUGAUGCCUGCUAGCACAAUCUGUGGUAUUGGUUUCAUUGUUUCCUUUGGCGAUUCAGUUUCCUUUCAGCUAGUAACGUGGAAAUUAUGGCAGAUGACUAUGAUACAAGAGAGAUCUGGAGGCCUUUGGUGUUCCGUCUCCAUGAGAAUGCCCCUAGAGUAGUCCGUGAGGUCUUACUGGAGCGCGGCUGGACUGAAUUUGACAAAGAGGAGCAAGAUGAUGCUGACUGGAACCUGUACUGGCGGAACUCACCUUUCCGUAUGACAGACCACCACAGCAUUAAACCCUGGCAGAGGCUCAACCACUACCCAGAAGCUGUCCGGAUCACCAGAAAAGACUAUUUGGCAAGGCAUCUGAAACGUAUGAGGGGAUCAUAUGGAUCAGCGUUAUAUGAAUUUAGUCCAGUGGCGUUCAUCAUGCCCAAUGACUACAUCAAAUUCUUAUCAGAAUACAGCAAGGAGAGGCAGUCAGUAGGCAGAAGAUCUAGCUACUGGAUUUGCAAGCCUGUGGGUCUUUCCCGGGGAAGGGGCAUACUCAUUUUCCAAGACAUUGAAGACUUAGUAUAUGACUGUACGGUUAUUGUGCAGAAGUACAUUAGCAACCCUUUGCUCAUUUCAGGGUAUAAACUAGAUCUGCGCCUCUAUGUCUGUGUCACUAGUUUUUGCCCCCUCACCAUUUACACUUAUGAAGAAGGACUGGUGAGGUUUGCUACGGAAAAGUUUGACCUUGGUUCUCUGGACAACGUCUAUGCCCACCUAACGAACACCAGCAUCAACAAAUACGGGGCUUCAUAUGAAAAAUAUAAGGAAGGCAUUGGCUGUGGCAGCAAAUGGACAUUCAGCAAAUUUCGUUCUUACCUUCGAAUAUUUGGGGUUGAUGACAUGCUCCUCUGGCAGAAGAUCAAUAACAUAGUGAUUCUCACCCUGCUUGCAGUAACCCCUUUACCAGUGGCUUCCAAUUGCUUUGAGCUCUUUGGCUUUGACAUCCUGAUUGAUGAGAAGUUCAAGCCAUGGCUUUUAGAAGUCAACUACAACCCAGCCUUGCGUUUAGACUGUUCCACUGAUGACACUGUGAAGAGAAAACUUCUUCAUGAUAUUGUUGAACUGCUGAACUACAGACAGAUCGACGCUUUCAGGCAAAACCAAGUGGCCGGGACAAAGGCUGGUAGAAGACGGGUGCCCUGGAGCGCAGCGGGUGAGAGUGCCACCAGGGAGGCUCCUGGCUUACUCACUUGCCAAAAAGUAGCUAAAUGUACUUCUGCUUCUUCUGUACAACCUGCCCUGCAGGCUGCAAGAGGAUCAACCGGUAAGGUGGCUAACCCAAGCAAGAAAACUGCCAGAGCAUAUCCAAGAAAAACACUGACUUCCCAGAUGCGGGAAAGGAUGAACAUGCCAAAAACACCCUCCCCAGAAAAAGCUGAAGCUAAAAAUAAGCAGCUCCAAGGAGCUGGGUAUUCUCCACACAAAUCUGACCAGCUGAGCCACUGGUUACCUACACCUGACUUCUGCAAGUGGAAGCUGACCACACGCCCCUAUUUCCUUUCUGAUAAAGACCAGAGACCUAUCCCCCGGGUAGGAGAUUUUGUCCUUAUUUUUCCUUUCAAUGAAGCUGCACUUCAAGCUUCCAAGGAUGGGACAGAUGUAAAGAGCAUCAUAAAGGAAAUAAACAAAUUAGUGAGCAAACAGUUACCAUCAAAAGAGCAGAACACAAAGAAAAGGGUAGGAUGUUUAACUUCUGUGUAAAUUCAUGGUGGUAGGUUGCAUAGCCAUAUCAUAAAUUACAACUUCAGCUUGAAGGAGGUAGAUGUACACUGAAACUGAAUUUAAAAGAGAGUUAUCUCAAACAAUACACAAUUUUAAAAUUGUAAUUUAGCUAUUUCCAUGAAAGAUUAUUUUUAAAAAUUAAAAUACUAAUUUUUUAAGUAAUUCUUGCAAUAUUAAAGUAAUCCUAGAAUAAAAAUGGAGAUUUUAAUUUCUCAAAA